GGGCAGCGGCGGCCGCGCGGGGCAUGGAGCUGGCAAGCCCGCGCUGAGGCAGGACGCGCCUGCUAGCAGCCAGCGAGAGGCUCUCGGCCGCCCGGCGCGCGGGCUCCCCGGCCGAGCCGGGCAAACUUUUCUUUCUCUUUUGCCCUCUCCAGAGGCGCCUUCUGCGGCGGGCGGACCGACUCCUCGGCGCGGCGGGGCCGGGGCAGGCUGGACGCAGCAUGAUGCGCGCAGUGUGGGAGGCGCUGGCGGCGCUGGCGGCGGUGUCGUGCCUGGUGGGCGCGGUGCGCGGAGGGCCGGGACUCAGCAUGUUCGCCGGCCAGGCGGCGCAGCCCGACCCCUGCUCGGACGAGAACGGCCACCCGCGCCGCUGCAUCCCCGACUUUGUCAACGCGGCCUUCGGCAAGGACGUGCGCGUGUCUAGCACCUGCGGCCGGCCCCCGGCGCGCUACUGCGUGGUGAGCGAGCGCGGCGAGGAGCGGCUGCGCUCCUGCCACCUCUGCAACGCGUCGGACCCCAAGAAGGCGCACCCACCCGCUUUCCUCACCGAUCUCAACAACCCGCACAACCUGACGUGCUGGCAGUCCGAGAACUACCUGCAGUUCCCGCACAACGUCACACUCACACUGUCACUCGGCAAGAAGUUCGAGGUGACCUACGUGAGCCUGCAGUUCUGCUCGCCACGGCCCGAGUCCAUGGCCAUCUACAAGUCUAUGGACUACGGGCGCACGUGGGUUCCCUUCCAGUUCUACUCCACGCAGUGCCGCAAGAUGUACAACCGGCCGCACCGCGCGCCCAUCACCAAGCAGAACGAGCAGGAGGCCGUGUGCACCGACUCGCACACCGACAUGCGUCCGCUCUCGGGUGGCCUCAUCGCCUUCAGCACGCUGGACGGGCGGCCCUCGGCGCACGACUUCGACAACUCGCCCGUGCUGCAGGACUGGGUCACGGCCACCGACAUCCGCGUGGCCUUCAGCCGCCUGCACACGUUCGGCGACGAGAACGAGGACGACUCGGAGCUGGCGCGCGACUCGUACUUCUACGCCGUGUCCGACCUGCAGGUGGGCGGCCGCUGCAAGUGCAACGGCCACGCGGCGCGCUGCGUGCGCGACCGCGACGACAGCCUGGUGUGUGACUGCAGGCACAACACCGCCGGCCCGGAGUGCGACCGCUGCAAGCCCUUCCACUACGACCGGCCCUGGCAGCGCGCCACCGCCCGCGAGGCCAACGAAUGCGUGGCCUGUAACUGCAACCUGCACGCUCGCCGCUGCCGCUUCAACAUGGAGCUUUACAAGCUGUCGGGGCGCAAGAGCGGGGGUGUCUGCCUCAACUGCCGCCACAACACGGCCGGCCGCCACUGCCACUACUGCAAGGAGGGCUACUUCCGCGACCUGGGCAAGCCCAUCACCCACCGCAAGGCCUGCAAAGCCUGUGAUUGUCACCCGGUGGGCGCCGCUGGCAAGACCUGCAACCAGACCACGGGCCAGUGUCCCUGCAAGGAUGGCGUGACCGGCGUCACCUGCAACCGCUGCGCCAAGGGCUACCAGCAGAGCCGCUCCCCCAUCGCCCCCUGCAUAAAGAUCCCCGUGGCGCCGCCGACCACCGCCGCCAGCAGUGUGGAGGAGCCCGAAGACUGUGACUCCUACUGCAAGGCCUCCAAGGGGAAGCUGAAGAUUAACAUGAAGAAAUACUGCAAGAAGGACUAUGCCGUCCAGAUCCACAUCCUGAAGGCCGACAGGGCGGGGGACUGGUGGAAGUUCACGGUCAACAUCAUCUCCGUGUACAAGCAGGGCGCCAGCCGCAUCCGCCGCGGUGACCAGAACCUGUGGAUCCGCUCGCGGGACAUCGCCUGCAAGUGCCCCAAAAUCAAGCCCCUCAAGAAGUACCUGCUGCUGGGCAACGCGGAGGACUCGCCCGACCAGAGCGGCAUCGUGGCGGACAAGAGCAGCCUGGUGAUCCAGUGGCGGGACACGUGGGCGCGGCGGCUGCGCAAGUUUCAGCAGCGCGAGAAGAAGGGCAAGUGCAAGAAGGCCUAGCGCGGAGGCAGCGGCGCGCCGGGGCGGGCGGGCAGGCGGGGCCGGGGCGCGGGGAGCGGGAGCGGGCGGCCCGCCACCGCGGCCGGCCCGGCUUGUGUGGACUUGGCCCGCGAGGGCGUUCCCAGCUGGGGGGCGGGGCGGGGCCGCGGCCGGCGCGGGGGCGGGGUCCACGGUGGCCCCGCCCCCGCCCCGCCCCACGGGACCCCUCCCCCGCGGCCAGGCCCCCCGGAGCAAGGAGGGCGAGACUCAGCUACCUCACGGCCUCCCUCCGGAGCCGCGAUGUGCUCCCCCGGGGCCGGGAGGGGGGCCCGGGCGGGCGCAGGACCGCGCAGGUGGGCCACAGCGAGGGCUCGAGAAGGGCGGCUGAGGAGAACUGUGAACUCCCAGGCCCGCCGCCAAACCAUCACCCCAAACACACAGGACCGAAGAAUCCCUUCCCCUUCCUCCCAGCCUUCGUUGGGAAUUCCCACAGGGAUCUUGGCGGCGACACCUUGGGCGAGGGGCAUUUGAGGGAGGCCUAAGUAGUCUGUCCAGCCCGCCCUCCACCUGCCGCCUCUGUCCCCCCGGGUGGGGGUGGUUUACAAUCUGUGCAGCCAGGGCAGUGAAGCUCCUGCUGGUCCUGCUCCCCGCCCAGCUGGGAGGUGGAUGCUGGACCAGGAUUCUGGCCCAGAUCGAGGGCAGUGGGCCCAAGGACACCCCCGAGAGGCCCGAGCCGGGUGGUCGUGGUCGGCCACCGCGCCUGCUGGCGCUUUGGGUUGGAGGCGGCCCUGCAAAUGCAAACCCUCCGUUUCCUUUUUGGAAAGUUGGAAGCAGCCCCUUUAUGACAUUUUCCAGGGGAGGGGGAAGGGGCGCUGGCUGGGUUUACGGCAGUGACACUGUUUGUGUAAUGACAUCAGCUCCCACAAGGCCCCUCAGCGGUGUCAACAGCUGGGGAGGGCCUGGAACAUAGGCUAAGGCGCUUGGAUGGCUGGGGGAAGUGGGGACUGCCGUGCCUUGAGGUGCCUGAGCACCUGCGCUGUGGGCUGGCAGGGGCAGGACCACUGGGUUUCUGGGUACCAAGGAAGCAGUCGCCACCUCCUGGAGCAGGGCCCGAGGCUGCUAGGCUAAGAAAGCCUGCUACAGCCCCUCCAGGCCGGGCUGCCUCCGCAGCUGUCCUGGUAAGGCCUAGGCUGCACCUGGCCACGCUCCACGGCAGCUGCCUCCUUGGUGGACGCCUCCUCGCCCCCGAGGACAGCCAGGCAUCCUUUCUAAAGCUUCCUAGAGAUACUGUCCCCAAGCAGGCAGCCCUGGUCCACGGGGUCUGAUGUCCUCACACAGGCUUAUGCCCCUGCCCAGCCACCUGCCUGAGCCCGCUGCACUGCCCCGGGGCCCCCCAGACCUGCCCGCACACUGAAAGUCAAGGCCUGGCUCUUCUUAGGAAAUUGGUUUCAUCUUCCCUGCUGGAGUUUGGCAGCCCAAAAGGGUCGUAGCCCAGCAGGAAGCUUGGGCCCUCCUGGUCUGGGUUCCCUCUGCCUCCCUGCUUCGGCCCGUGUCGCAGCUGCCGUGUACUGGGCACCUGCUCUGUGCCAGGCACUUUACUCCUGCGACCUCAUGUUAUCUUCACACCAACCCUGUGAGACAGGGGUUCUCACCCCCACUGACACGGAGUGAAAUGAAGCCCAAGGUCACUGGGCAGGAAAGUGGGAGAACUGGAUUCAGACUGGAGCUGGGCUCUCAGACCACAGGCCUCGUUGCACGCAAGCUCUGCGGCCCCUCUCGGGCUGCAGGGGAAUACUGCCAGGUGAGUCACCACUGAGGUUGGGCACAGUGUCAUCUUCAGAAGUGGCAGCCAGGCUGGUGGGCAAGUCUCUGGAAGCCUGGCCUCAGCUAAUCCUGAGGCUGUUUGGCUGCCUGGAGGUGUUUGGGGGCAUUUCAGAGACGCCCCCAGAGACAGGGAGAGGACAGAACAGCCCUGGGAAGGCGGACUGGUCUCAGCGGGAUCCAGGACCAAGGCUGAGAGCCAAGGCGCUUUUCCAAGCAGGCAGCAGCCCUCCAACGCCCCGUGUGGUGUGCGUGCGUUUUGUCGGCCCGGCCCUUGCGAGGCACUGCCCUGCUCAGACAGUCGUCCUGCUUCCGUUCACACCAGCCCGGCUGCUCUGCUCUGCCUGGAAGGGCUGUGGCAGCCCCGCCCCCUCCGGCCCGGGGCCGGAGUCUCCCCGCCACGUCCCCGAGGGGCUCGCACUGCUGGUGUCCCAGGCGCCCCUGCUCUGGAGCCAGCGGCCUGCCCAGCAGCAGGGCACUGUGCUUCCUGGUCAGCCAGGUCCAGCCUCGCCCUCCUGCUCAGCACCCCAAGGACAAAGGGGCCUGGCCUCUGCGGACGGUCAAGGUGGCAGCUCGGCCAGGUUGGCAUUUGUCCACACGGGCUGUCUACCCCGCGUCACAGGCUCAGCCCGAACCCCGGCCACCUCUGAACCCAGCCCCGCAGGCAGCAGUGAGGACCUAGCCUCGGGAAGCGUCUCUCUUCCUCCCCCGCCCCCCACCCCGGGAGAUGGAACCAGGAGGUGAGGUGUUGCAGUUUGUACAGUUAGGAAAGGGUGUGCAGUGGCGCUAGCGUUCGAAGAGUGUAUUAACCAGACUUGUGAUGUGUAGGUGCUUGAAGAAAAACAUACCAGGUUAGUGUUUAAAAGAAAAAGAUUCCCAGUUGUCCUUGUCCUUACCUGCUGGGUGGCGCGGGGUCCCUGCUUUUCUGCCACACGGUAACGCUGAAGGUUGGGGUGGAGGUGAGGGGACAGAUGGGGGGCUGCCCCCUGGACCUGCCUGCAGGCUGAGGCUUCUGUGCCGAGCGAGCGAGCCAGCGGCGCAGGGACAGCAUCCUCAGGUCCCACAGCUGCCAGGGAGGGAGGGAGGGAGGGAGGGACCUCUGCGGCCCAAGCGGGGGAGGCCGGGAGCUGCCCACUGGGGCUCUGCCUCUGCAGGAGCCGCAGGAACAGGCACAGACCGCCUUGAGUUGCCCGGGCUGCGCCGCGAUAGAAAUCACGGAGACCCCGAGGGAUCAGGAGCUGGUCCCUUUAGGUAACUGAAAAAUGUCAGGGUCUCCGUGUUCAAAGGCAGGCUGGAGAGUGGAGCAACCGCAGUGGGGUUACCGGGCCCAGACCCGGACCACAGCCAGGCCGCACGCUAGGGUAUCCAGACCAAGCCAGCCCCCCUCCCCUCCUGCUCCCCAGCGCCUCCCACCCUCCCCGACUCCCUCCUGCCUUUCGGAGUUCUGUUCACUCAGAAUUGUAAAUGUUUAGUUGUGACCAUGACAUAUUGUUUGGGUCAAUGUUCCUUUCCAAUGCAUACUAAUAUAUUACAGUUAUUAUAUAUGAAUAUAUUUAAUGACAUGAAAAAGUUGUGGAUUUUUUUAAGGUUUUUUUUUCUUUUUUUUUUUGGUUAGAAUUGUAAUGGACCCAGAUGGAACUUGUAACUUGGGCCCCACAUGAUAGAACUAAAUUCCGAUAUCAAUUAAAUAAACUCUUGUACACUGUU